AGUACAUUCGGAGAAGGCUCCAAGCCGUUUUGUAUCCACGAGCGAUAAUAAAGCUGAUAAUAAAUUCGCUGAUGAUCGCUGAGCCCCGAAAUUUAUUAAUUCAACUGUCCCCUCGACCGUUUCGAGGGUAUUACGAAGCCUGAAAAGUAGUGAAGCAAACCUGCGACGACGAUGACGUUUCGAGGUGCGAGGAAACUGGAAGAAAGUUUCAGAUUGGCUCUCCUGCUCGCGUUUUUAACGACGUUGGCGUCGAGCGCUGCGGAAAAAUCAGAAACGAAGAGAUUCGAGACGGUGCACACGAGUAACGCGGCGAUACUGCAACGUUUGGGUCUGGCCCCGGUGCGAAUACCGGAAGGUCACCACAAAAAGAGGCUUUCGGGACCGGAGCCGUCGGACGCGGUCGACAUCGAGCUCGCCUCGAGGAGCCGAAUCCACCAGCCUUACAGCAGACGCCACGGCCACAGCGACAGCCACGUUUACGUGGUGAAAUUGCCACCGAGCCAGCCGUACUACACGCUGACGAAGCCUCACAAAGCUGAGACCGAUGGGGCUAAGGAUAACGAGAAAAAAACGAAGGUUGCAAGCUCGAGUCCUCAAGUGGGUUUCCACAGUAACGGGAAACCCGGAAAAAUCUACCACUGGAAUCUUCCUCUCGUAAAGAAAAUCAGCGAAAAGAAAAAGUACCACGCUCAAUUGAAGAUGGAAGAGAUGAGAAGGAGACUCGAGGGAGAGACGAAGGAGCACCGAUCGCAGCACCCGAAAAUCCCGGUGCCAGGGUCGAAAAACUCCACUCUUACGGGCCCGAAGAAAGCUUCGAACCCGCACUCGUCAUCGGAGCCUGGAGAACCGAACGCGAAGCAUUACCAUCAUUCGACAUCGCUGAAUUCCUUGAAUCACGACGAAAAGCCGACGAAGCACACUCGCAACAACGACAAGAGGCUCAACUAUCCAAGACUACCGGAACAAAUUCGGAAGCCUGGAAGCCCCGAGAAUAAUCGGGAUGGCCAAGCGAGGGAGGAUAACGAGAAAGUGGGCAAGAAGAACAACAAGAAGUCUUACAGACUCGAGGAAGACUCGAAUCUGUACAGACUCGAGUCGAGGAAUAAUAAUGAACGUCACAAGAACGAUCGUCUCGCCGUCUGGAGUCUCUCUAACGAACUUCAUGCCUCGGGUAACGCGCUAAACUCGUCUCUCAGAGCGAAGAAGCACCGGAAAAAGGCAGCGUUGUCUUAUUACGCCCCGAUCAACUCGAGGACGAGUAAAAUCGAUGCGAGCCCAUCGGCCAACAACGUACAACAAAAUUUCUCCAGCAACGGCAAACCGAAGGCUUUUUACGUGAUGGAGAAGAGUCGCCAGCCGGUUUACUAUCACCCCCUCCUGCCCUAAUUUCCUUAGACUCCUCUUCCCCGCGUGUCGCCCUUUCCCAGGGAAUUUUCCACUCGGAUAGGCAAAUAUACGUGCAAGUAUAAUCGCGUCGCUGCGAGAGCGAAACAUAUUCCCGUGGUCGUACAUUGUCGUCCGGUGGGCACGAAAGCUUCUGCGUAUACCUACAACACCGGAACGAAUAAAACGCUCGAUCCCUCGACACGCACACAUCAUUUCCCUUCCAUUUUUGCCUCAAUCAAAGCGCCGCCGACUGAGAGAGAAAAAGACUAUGUUAUCUGUCCUCGCGCAACCGAGUCGGGGUCGGGAACAAUCAAAUCGCGGUUGCAUCCUCGCGCUGUCGGAAGACCUCGCCCCUCCGAAAUCGUGUGGACGCUCCCUGAGGCCGAGGACGAACCGGAGUCGCUACACCUUUUUUCACACUUUUUGUACUCUCGUAAGCAAAUAGUUGUUAAGCCCCGCAGUAGAAUGAAGCAGUUGUAUCCAAUAAAUAAUUAUUUGUAAUAUUGUAAAAA